CGUGAUCAAUACUGUGAUAAUUGCGUUAAAAAUGUGGUGUGUGUGGUCGCAGGACGGCAUAAAUGCUACCCUGGAUCCUCAGGGUGUGCACCCCACACCCAGCCCGGGCUGUCACCCAGCUCACAGUGAUCGGGUGAUGGCCGAAGGCUGAUCGUUCGUGAAGAUGAUGAAACGCACGGGCGUACCCCGGCUCGGUCCUGAUGAACCGUCACCUUUGCAGGCCCAGAAUGCAGCCCAGCUACAACAAGCAGGCGCCAGUAGUCUUCAUUCGCUGGCACAACCACACAGCCAACCUAUAUUAAACUCGAACGCGCUGGUGUCAGUUGGAGGGUUCGGUCGGGGCUCUCGGGGGGCGGCCCCCGUGCUGGGCUACAUGAAGCCGGGCGCGUUGCAGUACGCGCCCCCCAAACAACCGCCACCGCAGAUGACGCCCAGGAUCAAGGCCGUGCAGCCCCCGGUGCCGCCCGCGCAGCCCCCCGCGGCGCCCCCGCAGGCCGGCGGCGGCGUGGCGGCCCCCCCCGCAGGCGCGCAGUCCCCCGGCCCGCAGACGCAGUUCCAGCGGCUCAAGGUGGAGGACGCGCUCUCCUACCUCGACCAGGUCAAGUACAAGUUCAACACGCAGCCGCAGGUCUACAACGACUUCCUCGACAUCAUGAAGGAGUUUAAGAGUCAAACAAUCGAUACGCCGGGAGUCAUCACCCGGGUAUCGAACCUGUUCAAGGGGCAUCCGGAGCUGAUUGUGGGCUUCAACACUUUCCUACCUCCCGGGUACAAGAUUGAAGUUCAGAGUAAUGGCCAGGUGUCAGUAUCGAUGCCGUCGCCGACGGCCAUUGGCAGCGGCGUCCUGCUGGGAGUACAUCACACGCAGCAACCGCAGCUAGUUCACUUGUUACCUGUUCCGCAUGCAGAGGAGUGUCGUCCCGUCGGGCCGGCGCUGCAGCACCUGUCCCACGCCGCGCCCGACCCCGCCCUGCACCACGCCACCGGGCCCCCGGUCACCCCGACGCCGACUGCUCCCCCCGGACAACCAGUCGAAUUCAAUCACGCCAUUGAAUACGUUAACAAGAUAAAGUCCCGUUUUUCCCGUCAACCGGACAAGUACAAGCGUUUCCUGGAGAUACUGCACGCGUACCAGCGCGGACACCGCGACCUCAAGGAGCCUCAAGCUAAACAACAAACGGAGCAAGAGGUUUACUCGCAGGUGGCUAAACUAUUUGAACAUCAAGAGGAUCUGCUGGCGGAGUUCGGCCAGUUCUUGCCGGACGCUAAGGCCGUUACCAAGCCAGAGCCUGCCCAUGAACAUCAUCCUCAGUUUUCUCCGGGUCAACCGCCGCGUGAGGUGGAGCCCGAGCGCUUUGCCCCCGCCGUGCAGCCAGAACCUGCUCCAAUGCACUUACAGCACGCUCUAGUUCCAAAGCAUGUGACUACCCCGCCGGCUGUGGUACAGCAUCCGCAGCAUCAUCACCUCAAGAGAUCUCCGAGUAUCUCAUCGACAGGUCAACCGUCGUCAGCCCCGCCGCCCGCCAAGAAGCCGCGCGCGUCGUGCUUGUCGGGCGCCACGGUGCGCGACGUGUCGUACUCGGAGGCGGCCAAGCUGGCCACCAUCCACGACUACAGCUUCUUCGAGCGGGCCAGGAAGGCGUUGCGCUCGCAGCAAGUCUACGAUAACUUUUUAAGAUGCCUGCUCCUGUUCACGAACGAAAUAAUAUCAUCGUCGGAGUUAUUGUCAGUGACGAGUCCGUUCCUGUGCCGCCACCCGGAGCUGCAGCGCUGGCUGCACGACUUCGUGGGCCCGCCCUCGCCGCCGCACACCCCCACCCACACCCCUAAUACGGGCUACCCUUGGACCAACCCUAUACCGGUGGAGCCCCGCCCUCGGUACGAGAGUGUCGGCGCCCUCGGGGCACAGAUGCGAAAUGAUCGCCCCCAAGGAGACAUGGCAAUGGAUAUUGAUCUAUCGACGUGCAAGCGUCUCGGCACGUCGUACUGCGCGUUACCUCGCGAGGCGGCCGCCAGGAAAUGCUCGGGACGAACGCCGCUCUGUAAAGAAGUACUUAAUGAUACAUGGGUGUCGUUCCCGACAUGGAGUGAAGACUCGACAUUCGUAACAUCAAGAAAAACCCAGUAUGAAGAAUACAUUUACCGUUGUGAAGAUGAGAGGUUUGAGCUGGACGUGGUUAUAGAAACAAACGCCGCCACCAUCCGAGUGUUGGAGGGCGUGCAGAAGAAGUUGUCCCGCAUGUCGGGCGAGGACGCGGCGCGGUACCGGCUGGACGACUGUCUCGGCGGACACUCGCCCACCGUGCACCAGAGGGCGCUGCGACGCAUCUACGGCGACAAGGCAGUGGACAUCAUUGCAGGCCUAAAGAAAAACCCCGUUGUGGCUGUACCUGUUGUACUGAGGAGGUUGAAAGCUAAAGAGGAAGAAUGGAGAGAGGCUCAGAAGGGCUUCAACAAACAGUGGCGUGAACAAAACGAAAAGUAUUAUUUGAAAUCUCUCGACCAUCAAGGGAUCAACUUCAAGCAGAACGAUCUGAAGGCGAUGCGCUCGAAGACAUUGUUCAACGAGGUAGAGAGCGCCUACGCGGCCCGCCGCCCGGGACCGCACCUCGUGGUCGACUACAACAUGCAGAGCCGACAGGAAGCAAUAAAAAUAGUUCGGGACACCGCGGAGCUCCUUAUACAUCACGCCAGGAGACAAACUGCUAUACAGAAGGCUGAGAAACGGAGAAUCAAACAGUUGUUAAGGCAUUUCCUACCCGAUCUCUUCUCGCAUCCACGGCAGCCGCUAUCUGAUGAUGAGAAGGACGAAGUAUCAAACACCAUUGGUAUUGUCCUAGAAGACAAGGAGGAUGCACCGAGCCCGGAGUGUCCAAUCGAUCAACAGGGUCAAGAAAAUGACAAGAAUAAUUUAAAACAAGAAAUUAAACAAGAGUCAUCUGAAUCUGAUAACGCGUCAGACAAAAGCGGCAAGAACGGAAAGAAUAACAAAGAGAAUAAACCCAAAAAUAAUAAUAAUUUGGAGAGCAAUAAAGAAAGUGUACUAACCCAGCCGACUAAUGGAAAGAGGUUAAGCAAUGAUGAUCAAAUACUGAAAUCUGACUUAAAGACUGAACCAUUCGAAGUAGAAGAUGAUCUCAGGGAUCACCCCCCUAAUGAGGGCAGGUUCGUGUGCACGUCCUCGUGGUACCUGUUCCUGCGCGUGCACGGCGCGCUGUGCCAGCGGCUGGCGGCCGCGCGCCGGGCCAUGUCCGCCGCGCCGCCCGCCCGCCCGCGGCACGACCGCCCCCCCGCGCUCGCCCUGCGACUCGCGCCCGCACACCAUUUGCCAGCGGACGUGUCGUCGCCAACAGAAUACUACAACUUGUUGCUGGACCUGGUGAAGGGCGUCCUCGACGGCAACAUGGAAUCUUCCGCCUUCGAGGAUGCAGCCCGAGAAAUGCUCGGGAUCAAAGCCUAUCCGGCCUACACGCUGGACAAACUGGUGUCUAUCGCUGUCAGGCAGCUGCAGCACUGCGCGUCGGAGCCGUGGUCGGUGCGCGCGGCCGAGCUGUGCGCGCGCGACAUGCGGGCCGCCGCCGGGCCCUACGUGCGCCGCGCCCUCGCCGCGCUGCGCCCGCACCACGCCGCCUUCCUCGUGCGAGCGUACGGUGGAGACGAGUGUAAAGUAACAUUUGAGCUGCUAGAAAGCGCUGGAGAAGGAAGGACGUCCCCACACAACAACGACAACAGAAUGUCACCGACAGCACAGGUAGGUUUUUAUUUUUCAGACUAUCUAAAUAUUUAUGUACUUAAUGAUACAUGGGUGUCGUUCCCGACAUGGAGUGAAGACUCGACAUUCGUAACAUCAAGAAAAACCCAGUAUGAAGAAUACAUUUACCGUUGUGAAGAUGAGAGGUUUGAGCUGGACGUGGUUAUAGAAACAAACGCCGCCACCAUCCGAGUGUUGGAGGGCGUACAGAAGAAGUUGUCCCGCAUGUCGGGCGAGGACGCGGCGCGGUACCGGCUGGACGACUGUCUCGGCGGACACUCGCCCACCGUGCACCAGAGGGCGCUGCGACGCAUCUACGGCGACAAGGUGGCAGUGGACAUCAUUGCAGGCCUAAAGAAGAACCCCGUUGUGGCUGUACCUGUUGUAUUGAGGAGGUUGAAAGCUAAAGAGGAAGAAUGGAGAGAGGCUCAGAAGGGCUUCAACAAACAGUGGCGUGAACAAAACGAAAAGUAUUAUCUGAAGUCUCUCGACCAUCAAGGGAUCAACUUCAAGCAGAACGAUCUGAAGGCGAUGCGCUCAAAGACAUUGUUCAACGAGGUAGAGAGCGCUUACGCGGCCCGCCGUCCGGGACCGCACCUCGUGGUCGACUACAACAUGCAGAGCCGACAGGAAGCAAUAAAAAUAGUUCGGGACACCGCGGAGCUCCUUAUACAUCACGCCAGGAGACAAACUGCUAUACAGAAGGCUGAGAAACGGAGAAUCAAACAGUUGUUAAGGCAUUUCCUACCCGAUCUCUUCUCGCAUCCACGGCAGCCGCUAUCUGAUGAUGAGAAGGACGAAGUAUCAAACACCAUUGGUAUUGUCCUAGAAGACAAGGAGGAUGCACCGAGCCCGGAGUGUCCGAUUGAUCAACAGGGUCAAGAAAAUGACAAGAAUAAUUUAAAACAAGAAAUUAAACAAGAGUCAUCUGAAUCUGAUAACGCGUCAGACAAGAGCGGCAAGAACGGAAAGAAUAACAAAGAGAAUAAACCCAAAAAUAAUAAUAAUUUGGAGAGCAAUAAAGAAAGUGUACUAACCCAGCCGACUAAUGGAAAGAGGUUAAGCAAUGAUGAUCAAAUACUGAAAUCUGACUUAAAGACUGAACCAUUCGAAGUAGAAGAUGAUCUCAGGGAUCACCCCCCUAAUGAGGGCAGGUUCGUGUGCACGUCCUCGUGGUACCUGUUCCUGCGCGUGCACGGCGCGCUGUGCCAGCGGCUGGCGGCCGCGCGCCGGGCCAUGUGCGCCGCGCCGCCCGCCCGCCCGCGACACGACCGCCCCCCCGCGCUCGCCCUGCGCCUCGCGCCCGCACACCAUUUGCCAGCGGACGUGUCGUCGCCAACGGAAUAUUACAACUUAUUGUUGGAUUUGGUGAAAGGCGUCCUCGACGGCAACAUGGAGUCUUCAGCCUUCGAGGAUGCAGCCCGAGAAAUGCUCGGGAUCAAGGCUUAUCCGGCCUACACGCUGGACAAACUGGUGUCUAUCGCUGUUAGACAGCUGCAGCACUGCGCGUCGGAGCCGUGGUCGGUGCGCGCGGCCGAGCUGUGCGCGCGCGACAUGCGGGCCGCGGCCGGGCCCUACGUGCGCCGCGCCCUCGCCGCGCUGCGCCCGCACCACGCCGCCUUCCUCGUGCGAGCGUACGGUGGAGACGAGUGUAAAGUAACAUUUGAGCUGCUAGAAAGCGCUGGAGAAGGAAGGACGUCCCCACACAACAACGACAACAGAAUGUCACCGACAGCACAGCGCACGAGUGGAGGCGUGGGCGGAGUGAAAAGUGUCGGCGAAGGCGAGGCGGUGUCCCGGUGCGCGGCCUGGUCCCUGUACGCCGAGCGGUUCGCCAGCAACAAGACCAGCGGCGUGACGGCGCGCGGCAAGCCCGUGUUCCUGGCGCGCAACGCACGCGCACGCGGCCUGCACGCGCCCGCCAACACGUCGCGCUGGCCGCAGCCGCCGCGCCGCCCCGCCCCGCGCCGCAAGCCCGCCGCGCACGACGCCGCCGAGUGCACGCUCGCCGAGCUGCGCUGCCGGCUCGUGGCCUGCCGCCCCUUCCGCCUGCUGCAGCGCGGAGCCCUGGCCGCCGCGCGCGCCACGCACGAGCGCCUCAGCCGCCGCCGCCGCGACCGCUUCCGGGCCUGGCUGGACGCCAACCGACCGCACCUAGACGAGCGCCUCUCUAUCUAACUUCCCUUAUAGCGAGAGAGAGGGGUAGAUCUCAGGGGUAUUUUUAUUCAGUGAAACUAUGAAUAUCGACUUUUGUCUUAACACUAAUCAUACCAACACUCACUGAUAACUAUUUGUACCAUAGCGGAUAGAUAACGGUAUAUGUCAAUGUAUUACUCAAAAUUAACAAAACAAAACAACAACAAAAAAAUGUAUAAUAACUGUAGAUUAACUGGUAAGCAAAAGUCAGAUGUGCAAAAGCAAUAAGAUGAUACGUGCAUUUUCAAUGCAAAAUUUCAACAUGGGUCAUUUGACCCGUUACGGUAUGUUUAGUGUUAAACACAAAUAAUUUUCGAUUUAAAACGAUAAUUGCAUUAGGACGCGGGCGCACGCUACUCACACUCAAAACGAAAGUACCCGGAACAUAGAUUAUACACUUGUCUGUCAAAAGACGGACAUAGAUAAUAAAAACUAUGUAUCAUAGUGAGCAAGCAUACGGCCGCGAGAGUGACGUACAGGUCGGUUUGCUAUACCGUGCAUUUAGCUGCCCCGCGCAGGACUCUAGGAGAAAGGACUCUGCCUAAAACACACAGUUCUACACUUAGUUUUUACGUCACAUUAACCCAGUACUAUUCGAAUAAAAUUUAGCAAUAUAUUGUUCUAGUUAAGUAAAAAGUCUAUUUCAUAGAAAUUCAGACAAUUGUAAAUACCCAAAAAUGUUAACUAUGUUAACGAUGGCUGCCUUGUGUGGUGCAGUCCUUUCUCGACUUCAAAUCGAAUUUAAAUAAACAUCUAAAUACCACAAAAAAAUAAGAAUCCUUCCGUCUAUUAGAAUGUAUAAAUACAUUUCUGAUGAGUGUUUCACAUAAUAAAAUUCCGUAACAAUGUACUAGUAAAGAUCUGAGAUUUAAAUUAAUUAACGAAUUAUUCCUAUAUUGAAUUAGGUGCAAUGCUAUUCCAUGAUUGCAGAGUGUUUUAUAGAUUAUCACAUGUUUAGAUUCAGCAAGAUUAACAACAGAGGAUUUGCCCUAAGUCGAUCUUAACAUCGUGUGGGCUGUAAACGUUAUCAAUUGUUGAUUUCCUUUUUGUUGUUGAGAAAUCUGAUGUAAUAAAAAAGUAUUAAAAUGUUUUUCGUGGAAUUGUCGAGGCAAUCUAUCUGAAUAAUAGAACAAACCUAUUUUAGUUGAAUCAAAGCGAAAAACAUUUUGUGUGUGCGUCUGUGUGUCAGCAAACAAAACGCGCCACUAUCGGCAGCGGCAUUGUGUUGUAAAUUUGUACAAAUUUUUAAGAACUAAUUUAGGUUUGUGUGUAUGUAUGUAUUUAUUUGUAACAUAUGAAUGUCACGUCGGUUUUGUCGAAUGGCGCGCGCGGCGUGUGUGUGUCCGGUGAGAUCUCUUUGUGUAUGUGUAUAAAUGAAAGUACAUAAUUUGUAUAUAUAGUUACGAGAUUUAAUUUUAAUGUCAGUGAUUCGUAGUUUUUAGUCGAAGCGAUACUGUUAAUUUGUAAAGAGAAAAAAAAACAAUGACUCUGUGAAAAUAAAUAUUAUUAUAUUUAUAAUA